AUGAAUAUUCCACAUCCACCUAAUUCAACGAUGCAAAGUUCUUCUGAACCACCAAGAACUCUUUGGAUGGGUGAUUUAGAUCCACAAUUUGAUGAAAAUACAAUUCAGCAAAUUUGGGAAUAUUAUAAAAAGACAGUAAAUGUUAGAUUAAUUCGUUCCAAAAAAAAUCAAUUGAUUCCAUGUACUUCAAUAAAUAAAUCACAUAUAAAUUCACAAAAUGGUUCAAUUAAUAUUAAUGGAAUGACAUUUUUAGAUCCUAAUGUGACUCAAUUACAUCAUGCAGGUUAUUGUUUUGUUGAAUUUAAAUCACCAAAUGAUGCAAAAUUUGCAUUAUCAUUAAAUUCUUUACCUAUACCAAAUAUUUGGUACGAAUCUAUAACAAAUAAUGGGUAUAUGACAAAUCCAGAUUUAGAGAGAACUUUUAGAUUAAAUUGGGCAUCUGGUGCUACUUUACACAGUGGAUUACCAUUAAUGCCAGAAUAUUCUUUAUUUGUUGGAGAUUUGUCUCCCACGGUAACAGAAGCCGAUUUGAUGACAUUAUUUCAAAUGAAAUAUCAAAGUGUUAAAACUGCUAGAGUAAUGACGGAUCCCUUGACUGGCGAAUCUCGGUGUUUUGGAUUUAUUAGAUUUGAUGAUCAACAAGAUAGAGAUAAUGCAUUAACAGAAAUGUCGGAUGUUUUCUUACAAGGUAGAAUCAUGAGAGUAUCAAUGGCUUCGGGAAGACCUUCAAAUAAUUUCCCAGAACAAGCAUCAGAAAGUUCACACUCGCCAUCACCUUCAUCUCCAUUGUCUCCAUUGAAAGAUAAUUUACCAAUGUUAUUACCUACUAGACCUCAACCAGCAAUACAAUUAUCUCAAGAAGAAGAAUAUAAGAUAUCAAUCGCUACAGCUCAAUCGUUAUUAAUGCAAACUGCAAGACAAAUAGUAGAACAACCACAACCUGAAUAUAUUGAAAAGAAUAAUCAGAUUUCAAACGAGGAAGGACCAAGUAAAAAUACUACAUUAUUCAUUGGUGGUCUUAGUAGAGAUAUUACAGAAUGGCAGGUCCAAAUGUUAUUUAGGCCAUUUGGUAAUAUCUUUUCAGUAAGAAUUCCACCUCGACGUGGUUGUGGAUUUGUUACAUUUUUUAAUCAAUUAGAUGCCCAAGCGGCAAUGAUUGGAAUGCAAGGUUAUUUAGUAGAUGGACAUCGAGUGAGACUCGCUUGGGGAAACACACCUAUUGCCGAUUUCCCAGAAUAUCAAGAUAUUGUUAAUUUAUUAGGGACAACAUUAGCACCAAGGCAUUAG